AUGUGUGAGUUGUCAAGACAAACUGAAAACUUAGCGAAAGAGAGGGAGGCCUUGAAAAAGGAGAAGGAAGAUUUCUAUAUACAAAGCGGACAGUUUUUGAGGGAUGAGGACGAGGAGUUGAAGAAGAAAGUGGAGGUAGAGGAUAUGGAAGAAAAAGAACAAAGAAAUGUGGAGUUGGAGGUGCAAUCGUAUGGUAUGGCCGAGCGUACUCUAUUGGAUGAAGCACCCAUUUCUCCUCCCAUUUAUGUAAGGAGAACUAAAAGGGUAAUGAAGCCAUCCUAUUAUAUGGUUUCUCCAUUCUUGUCCCUAUCUUCGAUCGAUACAACCCCGAACGUGGUGAGGCGAUCUGAGGAAGCCGUAAACUUUCCUACAUCUCCGAUACCAUUUCAUCUACAGAUUGAUCCAUUUAGGAUGCUAUCGAUGGAUGAACUGAAAGAGCUAGAAAACUACUGUGAAGCAAAUAAGGAGACGGCAGCGGCUUCAUGGUUCAAGUCCUUAUGGGUAGAUGACGCGUGGGUUGAUAGUGUGGCUAUUGAUAAAUAUGUUGACUUCCUAGAGGAAAGGCAGUCUGAUUGUGCAAUUGCAUAUCCCCAAGAUUGCAAGUUCUGUGCCACUUAUUUUACGGCAUGCCUUCAAACUAGUAUGCCAACUCUAAAGGCGUAUCGGGACUCGAAGUCUGCUUCGAAACGUGCAAAGUUGGUAGGCAAGAUGAACAAUGUCAUCGCAUUUGUCAAGCAGCAGGGUAAAUCACACGCCAAGGAGAUUCGAUAUAGUGAACGGGUUUAUGUACUCGUCAACCAUGAUAACUCUCAUUGGUUCUUAAUGGUCUUAUAUCCAAGACAACGGAAGAUCGUUAUUAUUGAUAGCUUAGUGUCAAAUGCUCUCUUAAAGUAUAAGCAGAAGAUCAAAUUGAUGACGGAGGCGCUCCCGAUUCUCUUCCAUGCCACCGGAGACGUCAUCGUGCUUGAAGGGAAGACAUGGACCGCCAAAGAAGAGAAAUCUAUGCCAAAGCAAAGCAAUGGUUUUGACUGUGGCAUAUUUGUAAUGAAAUUCAUCGAUAUACUUUACAACUAUCGCACCUUGGAGGGAACAGACAUGCAAAAAUUCACUAUACAUUGGAGGAAGUCGUAG